AUGAUUUUUGAUAUCUUGAUUGGGUUGAAGUCAUCCAAAAAGCGCCGUAAGGGGACCAAGGCUCAGAAGGCAAAGCAGCAGCAAGAGGAAGAGGAGAGGAGGCUGCGAGAGGAAGAGGAAGCCCGGCUCCAGGCAGAGAGGGAAGAACAGGAGAGACUGGAAAGGGAGAAGAGGGAGAAGGAGCUCGAGAGUCUUGAGCUCAAGGACCAAGAGCGCAGAGAUGGUGAGUUGAAUGAACUGUGCCAUCUGCUGGAGGAGAAUCAUAUUGCAGUGACCAAAUGGAAGACUGAAGCUGCCGAGACAGCCAAGUGGCAGAAGUAUUUGCACUGUGAUGCUGAACCGGACCCAACAGUGCAGCAGGAGAUGAACACAUUUAUCAGCUUAUGGAGGGACAGCAAAGAGGUCGUCGUCACAUCUGUGCUCAAGGAAUGCAAGCUUGUUCUGCAGCUGGUAGAUGAGCUGAGAGGGCUGCUGAGCGAAGCUGCAGAUCCGCAGGAGGGCCAGAAGGCUCAGGAGGCCCUCAUGAACCUGCAGGAGCUCCUCCACUUCAAACACCUUCAGACCACUGAGGACAUUCUGAAGACAGCCAACAGACACGUUGACACUGAAACGGGCAACAUGCAGACUGUGAUCCAGGACGACAACGUCACUCUGUGUCUCUGGGCCAACCUCAGCAAGAACCCAAGGUUCAAAGGCCUAACCUUCAAGGAGGUCGGCCUCGGCUUUGAGCUCCCCAAGCAGCUGGCUGUGAGCAGCGUGGCCGUCCGGAUCCUCCACACGCGUUAUGACCACCUCUCCUUGGUUUCCAGGGUCACUCAUAUGACAACGCGCACGUCCAGCAGCAGGUCUCUGGUCGGGUCGGAGGCAGUUUCAGAGGAAGUCGAUUCAUCUGAGCCGAAAGAAAACGAGGAGGCGAAAGAAAACAGUGAUGAGCGUCAGCAGACGGUGGAAGAGGAGGUGCAGUCAGAGGGCAGGAAGAGUGCAGCCAGUGCGCAGUCGAGGAAAAGCAGUGCGCAGUCUGCGGAGGGGAAGAAAAGCCAGAUAGAGACACAGAUGGAGGCACUUGGUGCUGGGGAAGACUUGCUCUCCUCCUCGGUGCAGCUCGGGCCGAGGCACGGCGGCGACCCGGUGGUGGAUUUGAAUCGAUUCUCCCCUCUCGGCGGCGUCUUCUUCUAUGACGUUUUCCACCUCCCACCCCAAGCUCACCAGCUGCUACACACUGGGUUAGAAGAGUUUCCUUACCCCUCUGAGCAGCCCGGCUCGGAUGGCGACGGCGCUCCCGUUGGAGCGUCUGUGAAGUUGCCUGACACCGUUAUCUUCCUGCAAACGCCACAAGUGGCUCGCUGGGAUCCUGCAGGGAAGCAGUGGAGGACGGACGGCAUCGCCGACGUGUGCCACGAGGAGGCCGAGGCCAGAGUGUCCUUCAAGAUGGAUUCCUUUCAGGCGUUUGUCCUGAUGCAGGAAACCCACGCCAACCUUCCCUUCCAGAAGUGGGAGCUCCGGCCGCUGGGCCAGAACUCCGCGCUCCUCACCAUCAGCGGGGCGCUGCUGGACCUCAGCAUCACCGUUCAGGAUAACCAGUGUAUGCUACAGUCAGAGCAAGAGAGAGGCCCCGCCCACCUUCUGGGGAGGUGGAUGAGCUGCGCGGCCCUGCAGAAAGCCAUGCUCGACGCAGGGGUCAACAUCUUCGUCAGUGAAUUCACAGACAAAUACGUCAUCAACUGUGGCAAGGACCCUCUCACGGAGCACACUGCCUACGAGCAGAUGGCCCUCUUCGCCUCUGCCUGUGCGUUCUCCUGGAGCAGGUGGAACGCCAAAUGCGGUGCGGAACACCUGGUCCUGCAGGCGUGCGAGCAUCGCGGCCCCGACCCCGUGCCUCAGGACUCGUGGAGUCUGUACCUGCUGGGAGCCCAGAGGACUCAGAAGCUGCAGAUCACGGAGGCGAGCGAGGUCUUCUCUCCAGAUCAUCGUCCCGGGAGCGAGUUCCACUCCACCUUCAUCCACAUGCUGCAGGACGACAUGAGCCCCGAAGGCGUCGCCAUUACCAGAACCUCCCAUCACCUGUUCGUGCACACGGUGCAGAGCCUGCUGUGCUCCACCAGACUGCUCAUGUACGCACAGUAG